CACCGACACGGCCACGGCGCGCUCCGGGACAGGGUGAAAUUCCCCUUUUAGGCGGAAAAAGCGUUUCCUCCCUCACCUGGUGAUUUCAGCCAUGAUUCACAGCCUGUUUCUGAUCAAUUCCUCCGGGGAUAUUUUCCUUGAGAAGCACUGGAAAAGCGUGGUCAGCCGUUCUGUUUGUGAUUACUUUUUUGAGGCCCAAGAGCGAGCCACCGAGGCGGAAAAUGUCCCUCCUGUGAUCCCAACCCCUCACCACUACCUCUUGAGUGUCUACCGCCACAAAAUUUUCUUUGUGGCCGUGAUCCAGACGGAGGUGCCGCCGCUGUUCGUCAUUGAGUUUUUGCAUCGUGUGGUGGACACAUUUCAGGAUUAUUUUGGAGUCUGUUCAGAAGUAGUGAUCAAAGACAAUGUCGUUGUGGUUUAUGAAGUGCUGGAGGAGAUGCUUGAUAAUGGGUUCCCACUGGCUACCGAAUCAAAUAUCCUGAAGGAGCUGAUAAAACCUCCCACCAUCUUGCGAACCGUUGUCAACACUAUCACAGGAAGCACCAACGUGGGUGACCAACUUCCUACAGGACAGCUCUCCGUAGUGCCGUGGAGACGGACUGGGGUGAAAUAUACCAAUAAUGAGGCAUAUUUUGAUGUGAUUGAGGAGAUUGAUUCCAUCAUUGACAAGUCAGGUUCCACGAUUACCGCCGAGAUCCAGGGCGUGAUUGAUGCCUGUGUUAAGCUGACCGGGAUGCCUGACCUCACACUUUCCUUCAUGAACCCCAGGUUGCUGGACGAUGUGAGUUUCCACCCGUGUGUUCGCUUCAAGCGCUGGGAAUCUGAGCGCAUCCUCUCCUUCAUCCCCCCGGAUGGAAACUUCCGCCUGCUGUCCUACCACGUCAGUGCUCAGAACUUGGUGGCAAUUCCCGUGUAUGUCAAACAUAACAUCAAUUUCCGGGAUAGCAGCUCCCUGGGACGCUUUGAAAUCACAGUGGGGCCUAAGCAGACCAUGGGGAAGACUAUAGAGGGAGUGAUUGUCACCAGUCAGAUGCCCAAAGGGGUCCUGAAUAUGAGUCUCACCCCUUCCCAGGGAGCACACACAUUUGACCCAGUCACAAAGCUGCUCUCCUGGGAUGUAGGGAAAAUAAAUCCCCAGAAGCUGCCAAGUUUGAAGGGAACCAUGAGCCUCCAAGCUGGGGCUUCCAAACCUGACGAGAACCCCACAAUCAACCUGCAGUUUAAAAUCCAGCAACUGGCAAUCUCUGGACUGAAAGUAAAUCGUCUGGAUAUGUAUGGAGAGAAGUACAAGCCCUUCAAGGGCAUAAAAUACAUGACCAAAGCCGGGAAGUUCCAAGUGCGAACCUGAAGCAGAGCCCGAUACCGAACGAAAACCACAAGCACUCUUUCAUUUCUAUCUUACCUAGGGAUCAAAAAUCAGCUGUUCCUUCCUGCGUUAGUCCCCCUGGGGUCUGCACCCCCCUUUUGCUGCAUUGAUUCUUUCUGGGUUUUUGGUCUCACUGAACUAAUCAAGAGAGAAAAGAGGGCCACCGGGGAGAGCCCGGGCACAUCUGAAACAGAAUCCAUUAGCCCUGACGUAAUACAGAAGAGACAUACUAAUUUGCUCAACCAGGGGGAAAGAUAAUGUGAAAAAAGGAAGGGAAAAUGCAUAGGUUUUUUUUUCUUUCUGUGAAUUCAGAAAUGAUUCAUUUAAAAAAAAAAGUUGUCAAAGAAAGGUGACUAAAUCAGUGAAGGAAGAGUCAAUUGGGGACUUGAUUUGUGAGAGAGGAAAAGGAGAGACAAGAAAUAAUGCACCUUUAGAGAAGGGACUAAGCAGGGAAAGCAUAUUAGAAUGAAUAAUGGUAGGGGAGGAGUCUAAGAGGGUUCUGAAGGGAUCGCUCCUCCCACGACAAGGUAGGACAGACAUAAAGAGAUGAGUUGUUUUCUUGCCAGCACAGAGAACUCUCUACUUUUCAUAGAUCUAUUUAAUAUUUGAGCCUCGAGGGAUAAACUAUAAUUUCCCAAAUGAAGUUUACCUGCUCCAGAACCACCAAAACUUGGUAAGAUCAAAAUUAUCCUGCAAGGAACAACAGACUGAAACCGAAAAUCUUGAGCAUGAGUUGCUCCGAGAUACUAUGUUACCAACUUGUACUUCCCAAGUGCUUAGUACAGUGCUCUGCACACAGUAAGCGCUCAAUAAGUACGAUUGAAUGAAUAUUGCCAUCACAUCAAUUCAGUAUUCAAAAACCGUGAGAUCUUCUGUCCUCUCCCCUGGAAAACAAGGAGAUGAGAGUGGCUGGCCCCCACUCUAUUUUGGAAUGUGUCUCGGGGAGUCGUGGAAAUUGUAUUUCCAACCCUCUCUUCCAUCCCAAAUUUAGUUCACUCUCUUACCUUCCCACCUCCCUCUUCGUAUCAGAGAUGGAGAGGGGCAGCAGCGACUGAGCUUUAGCCCUGUUUCCUCCCAUGAUGGGGUGUCUCCUGGUCGGAUGUGGACAGUCCCUUGGGUUUCAGGUGACUCUCAAAGCCUGUUGUGUGUGUGGGUGUGUGUGUGUGGUGUGUGUGUGUUGGGGGGAUUGGCCGGGCUGCUGCCAAAACUAUAGUUUCUGGCCCUGCAUAGAGCUGGCCUUCCAGAUCCCAAGAUAUCUACCCAUCUCACGUAUCCAGAACUGUGGCAUUAAUUUUAGGAGACUGGCUGUUUUCAUUUUUAUGACUGGCUUAAGGUAUGCAGAAGAGCUAUUUAAAUAUUUAUUAAAACUGUAUUUGGGAACAUUUGUAGUAACCUGAUGGAGAGCUGCUGGGCUGUUUUUUCUGGCAACUCAAAAUGAAUGAAGACAUCUAUUAUCCUGUUCAUGGAGUUUUUGUGUUUAGUACAGUGCUCUGCACCCAGAUAAAUCCUAUUGAUCGAUUGACUCUUUAAAGCCCUGUUCCAUGCUACUGCCUGUGAACUAACUACCCGUCUUACCGCUUUACCUCCCCAGACUUGUUUUUGCUGUUCUGAAUAAUGUGAAAUUCGCGUGGCACUCUAGAGUUCUCUGAAGUGACUUUGCCAGUUCCACUAGAUGUGUGUCUUGCUCCUUUCCCAUUGAUCCCAGGCUCCCUCCACUUCAUGAAUUUCUGGAAACUGUGCUGAUAAGAACCCGCCGCUUCAAAAUGGGUCUCUAGUUCAGGGUCCCAUGCCGUGUCUCUCAGGUAUACCCACUGGAAGAGCAGUCUGCCUGUGGCUCAGCAGCAGUUGAUCGAUCUCACCCAGUGUAAUGAGGAAUUCAGAGAGGCAUUGGAACCAGAGGGAUGUUUCAAGGCAAAGAAAUCCUGUGCAUUCUCUUUCAGGGCUGGUGUAUUGAAACUUGGGAGUUAAGAGAUGGGGGUGGGGGUACACAGGGAGGGCAGGGGGAUGCUGAAGGAAUGAAUGUCCUUUCAGGGUGGUCCCCAGAUAGCUGUGUUGUCUCUGUGGAUAUACAUGUAGAGCACAGAGGUAGAUGCUGAAUUAGGCCUCAAUAAAGGUCAGUUUUACCAGUCA